CAACAAGACGAAUUCUUCAACCUUUAAUAGCGCAUGACCAGAAUCUGCUGUUCAUGUCUGUCCGAGCGCUCACGAAUCACGAAUAGAGUACCAACCAAAUCAUAGCAGAAUGUCUCGAAACAAUUCCGAAUUCAAGGUCGCUAUCAUCGGUGGAGGGAUCUCUGGCAUCGCCCAGGCUGUCACGCUGAAACGCCAACUAGAGAACGGCGUAAACAUCAAGAUCUUUGAGAAGCGAUCAUCUCUCGGCGGGGUUUGGCGAGAUGCUAAAUGGCCUGGCGCCGGUGUUGAUGUUCCCAUCCAUCUCUACUCUCUCUUCUCGGAUCUCAAGAGCGAUUGGACGACGCUGUUUGCGGAACAGCCCGAAGUGCUAGCCUACUGGGAGUCGCUCGUAGACAAGCACGGUCUGAGGCGCGACGUGAUUUUGAACACGGAAUAUGUCGGUUCCGAGUGGAUCAGCUCAGAGCAGCACCACGCGAUCUCUUUCAGACGCAGCGACGGGUCGGCAUUCGAGUACAGCGCCAAUGUCAUCAUAUCCGCCAACGGACCGUUAUCAAAACCGACGAUCCCAAAGCUUCCUGGGCUGGAAAAGUUUGAGGGUGUAUACUUUCACAACCUGCAUUGGGACGAGAACGUCGACCUGAGCAAUAAGCGCGUGGCGGUGAUAGGUAACGGGAGUUCCGGGAUACAGCUCGUCCCUGGCGUAGCGGAUAUCCCCGGCGUUCAAUUGACCCAUUUCAUACGCAGUGGGGGUUACUUUGUGCCGAAGGUCAACACGCCUUAUAGCGCUGCGACAAAGCUCCUCUUCAAAUAUGUUCCUCUUGCUCAGCGAGCCUACCGAUUCAGUCUUUUCCUCGAAAGCAACGAUCGUUGGCGAGCGAAAAAGGAACCCAAGUCUCACCCGACGCCCAUGGAGACUCAGCUGUUGGAUCAUCUCGCCAAGACCGCACCUCCGGAGUAUCUAGACGCCUUGACACCGAGAUAUCCGCUGGGAUGCAAACGUGUCGCGUUCGACGCAGGCUGGCUCGAGUCGCUUCAUCGCCCCAACGUCAAUCUGGUGAACCAUCCGAUAGUACAAGUCACACCUCGAGGCCUUGUCACAAGCGACGGUGUCGAAAAAGAAUUCGACAUCAUCAUCUUUGCCACCGGAUCAAACGUCGCGGAACACGGCGUGGGCCUGAACGUCGGCUUGAAAGGCGAAAGAGGCCAGGACCUCCAAACUCACUGGAAACAGAUCGGUGGACCCAAGGCGUACAUGGGAACGGCGGUACCAGAGUUCCCCAACUACUUCAUCAUACUCGGACCCAACGCCAUCGCCGGAAGUUGGGGAUAUACCAUCGGGUGUAAAGCGCUGUUCAACGCGAAGCUCGUGCAGGCUAUGAUUCGCCAUCAAAUCACUUCGCUGCAGCCAAAGUCGGACGCCUUUGAAAAGCACAAUGAAGAGCUGCAACGAGGAUUGGCCGGGACCAGCAUGAAGUCGACGGCUUGCGAUAAUUGGUGGCGAGUAGGCGGCAACGGAUUGCUCAGUGUGCCCAAUUCGGUUUCAGGAUUCCGUCUAGCAGAGUUGACAAAGAACAUUAUCUGGGAUGACUGGUCGGCCACGAGGUUGGACAAAAAUUCCGGCAAACCGGUGGAAGUGAUAGUCAAGGAGAGCAGCUCGAAGCGCACGACUUGGGCAUUGGGUCUUAUCACGGCUACCAUGGCAGCUGCAGCGGUCUCGCAGCUCUCGGCGGGAAACUUGCCGUUGAAGUUUGAACAGAUCGAACGAUUGCUUUCGGCAACCGGUCUUUGGAGAUGAGCGCGGAGGUGUUCGCCCUGGCAAUGUCUUGGGGGUUAGCGGGAACUAUUCGGUAUCAAUCGCUACCCGUAUAUCGUUGGACAGAGUCUCCAGGACCUUGUACAUGCUUGUGGGGGAAGACGCCCUCGUUCCGUUACGGUGAUCGGAUUGUAAAAUCGAGGUAUAGAUAGACCUCCACGCGGCCAGACACGAUGUGUCGUUAUAGCAACAUAUCAGCGCGGGCUUUGCCAUACAAUAGAUGUGUCCUCCUCUCAGUUAUACCACGCUGCCAUGCUCGGCCAUAACCUGUGUAUAGUAGGUAGUAGGUAUCGAUCAGUCGUCUGCAAUGCGGUAACAAUCAGAUGG